CACAGCCAUCUAGUUGAGGGUUCGGAAAACGUGACCACACGUCGUCCAAUUAUUAUACUUUUCUACGCUACCGAAGUUUGCCAGAUGGAAGCAGUGAAGUGUCGUAUAAAGAAUACCUUUGUCGAUUUUAUCAAACGAAUUCUUCGAGCCAUACCUGAAAGUACAAUAAUAGACUUGGCUGGAACCUGCAGCCUGAUUAAAUAAAUAGUAUUGUCUAUCUCCCGAAGUGCUCUACCAGCAGCAGUAACCCAACUACCUUUCCGCUCGGCACAAAUAGAUUCAAUCAAAUCCAACGAAACUUUUUGCCGUUUUAUUAAGAGUUCCAAGACACAUAACCUUGUUAACUGUGUGCAGUGUUUGUUCGCAGUUUAAUUUUGAUUGUAAGUGUAAAAAAUAUGGAGGGUCAACAAUUUUGUUUGCGGUGGCACAAUUUUCAAAACACAUUGUUGAGCUCUCUUCCUAAACUGCUAGACGGUGGCUAUUUAACAGAUGUCACAUUGAGCGCCGGCGGUAGACAUAUACACGCGCAUAAAAUUAUACUUUCAGCUUGCAGUUACUAUUUUAAAGAAUUAUUUAAGGAUUUAAGUUCUUUGCAACAUCCUGUAAUCGUAUUACCAGGCAUGGAAUAUGCGAAUUUAUGCGCAUUAGUUACAUUUAUGUAUAACGGCGAAGUGAAUAUUUAUCAAGAACAAUUACCUGCGCUUUUGGCUAUGGCUGAUACUCUGCAUAUUCGUGGCCUAGCUGACAUUGCCGGGAAAAAUUCGAGACACGACAAUGGUUUAUACGUCCAAACACCAUCGACGCAAUUACAAGAGAAAACAUUACCCGAAGCACCGAUAAAGAAAGAAAAUAAAGACAGUGUCACGAGCGGAGAGUCCUUAGAAACAGUUUUGGCAACAGAUGUAACGGAAAAUAUAGAAGAACCAUUUAAUGAUCAAGAAAGUAUAUCGUACUGCGUGAAAACUAAGCCUUAUUACUCCAUUAAUGCAAAACUAAAUCAAAGAGAAAAAGUCAGUAUUCCUUCUGUUAAUACUUCGCCCAACAAGUACGCCGAGCAAGGAUAUUCGGAUAGCGGAAUGGAUGAAGGUACACCAAUUUUAGAAGAUCAAAUUACUCCGGUAGAAGAAACAAAACCACCACCUGUUUGGGACACAAAUUUCAAAUUUCUUACUAGUUCCGUGGCCGGAAGAACUUCACAAAAUUACAAUAAAUCCAGUGUCACUUGCCUUAUCUGUGGAAAACAAUUAAGUAAUCAAUAUAAUUUGCGGGUACAUAUGGAAACUCAUAGUAAUAGUUCGUAUAGCUGUACGGCCUGUUCGCACGUAUCAAGAUCGCGAGACGCACUCCGGAAACACGUUUCGUAUAGACAUCCAGUGGCUUCGCCACAAAAACGUUCGCGAUAUAAUACACCCAAACCCUAAUAGUUAUUAUUUGCAUAGACGAAUAUCUUGUAUUAAUUCAUGCCCUUAUUUUAGGUUACCUAAUUUGUCUAAAAAGUUAACGUUGUUAUUCAAGUCGAUUAUUAACUUAAAAAUUGAGAAUUAAAAUUAAAGGUUAGGAAAUGAAUUUUCUGAUUUUCAUUAUUUAUUGCUUCAGGGUAAUUCUCUUUUAAGUACCGGAUUUUCAAUUGAGAAAAGGUCAAAUCGUUAUGAAAGUAUUUCGAUUUUUAUUGUUAAGUUUUUAAAGCGCUUCCUUAUUUAAAUUACACGCUUCGUGUAAUUAUACUUCAGUCACAUUAUCAUAAUUUAGUUGGAACAAUGUCCAAUAUAGCGUUGUUAAGUACAAUGAAUUACAAAAAAAAAAAAGAAAAAAAAGAGAAGCAAUAUAAAGACUACCCGAUUUAUAUAAUCCCUCAACUGCGUUUCCAUGGAAAAGGUAAACGUUGCUGUUGAAUAUUUUAUUAAACGAGUGAAUUUAGGAGGCGAUUCUAUAAAAACUUAUGUACCUCAUCUUUUUAAGAGACAUUCAGUACUAGACUGAUUAAGAAUAAGUCAAAUUAUAGUAACACCUCAAUUAUUUUGUUUUUAAAUGUACAAAUAACUUAAAGUGUGAUCACGUUCCUCGAGACCCUUAGUGUUCGAAUUGUUACUGUUUUCUUGUUAUCGUUACACUGUUUCAAUAAAGACAACAGAGUAGGACAAA